GGGGGGGGGCGGAUGGGUUGGCGAGGGAGUCAAACAAACUCGAGGUGCGGCUGUGUAUCCUCCAAAUUCACCAUCUUGCAAUUUAAUCGAUUCUGCCGCGAAACGCAGCGCCACCCUCUGUUCAUUUUUUGGUUGGACGACUGUUAAUUUUCUCGCCUGAUCCACGCCCACCGGACAAAUUAUCCCAUCUCAAUCCAGCGAAAACCCUAGUCGAUUUCAUUUCAGCGACUGAUCAUGGAUUCAAAUCUGAAGAACGAACGAUAGAAAUCUGCAUUGUAUCUGAGGUUGAAGAAAGAGGAAUAGCAGUUGAAUUUUUUUGUUGUUAGCUUUGUGGAAUGGCAGAUAAAUCGUGUAUCAAGAGGCUUCAGAAGGAAUAUAGAGCUCUUUGUAAAGAGCCUGUUUCCCACAUUGUUGCUCGUCCUUCUCCCAGCGACAUUCUUGAGUGGCAUUAUGUUCUGGAGGGAAGUGAGGGAACUCCUUUUGCAGGAGGGUUCUACCAUGGAAAAAUUAAAUUUCCUCCAGAAUAUCCAUACAAGCCUCCGGGAAUCAGCAUGAUCACCCCGAAUGGUCGGUUCAUGACACAGAAGAAAAUUUGCUUAUCCAUGAGUGACUUUCACCCAGAAAGUUGGAAUCCUAUGUGGUCCGUGUCUAGCAUACUAACCGGGCUUCUUUCAUUCAUGAUGGACAACAGUCCUACUACUGGAAGCGUGAAUACUACUGCUGCUGAGAAGGAACGCUUGGCAAAGGCUUCUCUUGCAUUCAAUUGUAAAAACCCAACAUUUAGAAAACUGUUUCCUGAGUACGUGGAGAAAUACAACGAGCAGCACCAAUCAGAGCAGCUUGUUGCAGAACAGGCUUCAUCAAAGCCAUCAGAGGAAGGCAAAGCUAGGCACAUAAUGGAGAAGAUCAAGUCCAGGGAAGAGGAGAACAUUAACAAAGCAGCAGCAGAUAGAGAGGACAUGAAAAGAAAUCGAAAGCAGUCGUUCCCUACAUGGAUGAUGUUAUUACUCUUUUCGAUCUUCGGCGUCUUAAUGGCAUUGCCUCUCCUUCAACCAUGAAACCAUAAAAUGGAAGGUUGCAUGCAUAGGUAAUGGUAGACAGUCUAGCUUGUGCAAGUCAAGGAUGAUGCUCUCAUAUUUUUGCAUGUACUUAACAACAUAGUGUCUGUAUAGAUGGUCUGGUGUCUUUGUGUGGCUGCUUUCAUUUUGCCCAGAGUCUGUUAUGUAUGGAAGAACAGUUGCUUGAAAACUAAACCUCUUUGUUUGUCUAUAUCAUGUUGUUAAAUACUAUUAGCUGAGGCAGAACACUGGUCAGGUCUCCACUGCAGAAAUUGUUAUUAUUUUUA